AGCUGGCUGUUGGUGUUCCUGCUUCAGCCUGGGAAAACCAUCCUCUGUGGCCCAACACAAACUGCAGCGCAAUCCCAGGGAGCCCUCAGAAACAGAAGUCAUAGUCCUGGCAGGGGGACAAGGAGACAGCAGGACUCUUUGCUCAGCUAACAGUGCAGAAUCGCUUACCUCUCUGCACACUGUUGAAGGUGAAUUGAGCUCUUUUCAACCCGGAAGAGCCAGUGCGAGUAGUGAUGCACUGUGUGCUUCCAUCAGUGGAGAGCUCUCAGGAAGCAUGAAUCGCUGCACUUCGGAUGACAGCCUUCCACUUGACAAUAGUGAUGGAGACAAGGAGGUCAUCCACGUUUGUGCCCUCAUUUCUCCCGGCUCUGCAGAAGACGUUGAGCAGAGCGUGCCAGACGUGACAGUCACUAGCCUGGAUUGUGACCGAACGUCUUCCCAGUGUAGCCCACCCCACGCAGAGGCUGAGUGCUCCCACAGCAGCACCUCCGUGCAGGAGCAAGUCAGCAUCCCUGAGGAGAAGCUGAGCCUCUUGGAGGAGGAUGUAGAAGCAGGCAGCCAGUCCCAGACACAGGGCAGCACCCUGAGCUCUGAGCCAGUCUCUCCAUGACAAGGGAAGAUGAGUCCCUUCUCUACUCUGGACCUCUUGCACCCUCCAGUCUUCUGAUGAAUAAAGGCACACUUGUGCUCGAUCAACACCUUGACUGCAUUCUGAGUCUUCAUUCACAGGGAUUGGGAUGAACAGAACAAACAGCGAGGCACUUCAGCUUGCAGCGGCAUGGCUUUGGGGCGUGUACGGCAGAGCUCUGGGUUUGUUCCCAUUUUGUCUGGCUUUGGGAUGUCUACCGUUUUGUACAGUAGCAAAUAAUCUCUAGCACCCUGGUGUGUGCUCAUUGUAAUCCCCAGCUUUCUGGCUGUGGCUUUGUGAUGCUUUUCAAUGCUUUUUGAAGCUCUUCCGUGCCUUGGCUGCUCCCUAACACCUCUUUCCUCCCACAGCGUCCAUUCCUGGCUCCCACCUAUGAGCUGGACCUGCAGAUCAUCUCCAGACCAGUCGUCAUCAAACUGCGGCAGGAGGAGCUCACACUGACCCAUGUCAGGCAGUACUGCUCGGUCUGCAGAUGAGCAGCUGCGUCCUGAUCUCUUCAGCUACAGUAGUGUUUCUCAAAGAAGUUGGAUGCAGUCACAAUCCACUGG